AUGGGCGAUAUUUGGGCAUUUGUAGAUCGGAACGAUACCACAACUCCCUUCUGGCGAACCACAUCCGCGAACAGUUCGCGCAAGAACAGUGAAACACCUGCUGGAGAGCCACCGCGGAAAGUGAUUGGCGCAUCAUACUCCCAUGCCGACAUCUUGAACAUCGGGAACUUGUCUGUUUCAGGCGACUCUCGACCGCGCACACCGCCCUCGAAUCCUCGUUCCAAUCCGUCCAACUCCAGGAAUACACCGUCACCUGGCGCAGGAUCAACCAUUUCCCCGCCACCUGCGCGACGCAAUCCCAGUAGCUACCUCUCCGAAACGAGCAAUGCGUGGGAUCCCGAGGAUGGAGAUGAUGAGGUGGGCGCGGACGAGGAGGAGGAUGAAUUUGGACUGCCGAGCAUAGCGAGCAUGCGCCGGAAGGGAAAGCGAUUGGCCAAGAACAAGGGCAGAGAUGCAGGUGGUGGAGGCAGCUUCGGGCUGGGGAGAAGUAGCAGUGGGUUUGGAGGCACAUUGGGGAAGAGUGGCAGCAGUUCUCUGUCUGCCUGGGCGCUGGACAAUGGGGAUGUGGCCGAAGAGCGAGCCAUUCCGUCAUAUCCUACCACGAAGAAGAGCACCGACGGCCAGAAGAUCCUCCGUCCGCAGUACAAAGACAUUCUACGCGAUCCAGCCAACAGCCUUCACCUCAUAGCACAUCCCACUAUCUCACCCAAUGCAUCUGCAAAGGAAAUGGAUGCCCAUUCCGCUCGAAUCACCCGARUCAACAAGUUCAAGAAGAUCCUUCAAGCCUCCUCAAUAUCCCUCCCCGAUUUAAGGGACUCCGCCUGGUCAGGCCUACCCUCCGAAGUCCGUGCAAUGAGUUGGCAGAUUCUCCUAAACUACCUGCCCACCUCCUCAGAACGCCGCGUCGCCACUCUCGAACGAAAACGGAAGGAAUACCUCGACGGGGUAAGACAAGCCUUCGAACGAGGAACAGCAGGAGCCGAACGUCCCGUCGAAGCCUCGGGAAUUACUCAAUCACCUAACUCCACUCGUGGUCGUGGCAGAGGCCUAGACGAAGUCAUAUGGCAUCAAAUCAGCAUCGAUGUCCCUCGCACAAACCCACACCUCGAAUUAUACCAAUACGAAGCCACGCAACGGAGCCUUGAACGUAUCCUCUAUGUCUGGGCAAUUCGCCACCCGGCGUCCGGAUACGUCCAAGGAAUCAACGACCUCGUCACACCUUUUUGGCAAGUCUUUCUCGGCCAAUACAUUACAGAUCCCGAUGUAGAAUCAGGAAUGGACCCGGGACAACUCCCUCGAGCAGUACUAGAUGCCGUGGAAGCGGACAGUUUCUGGUGUUUGACGAAACUAUUGGAUGGUAUACAGGACAACUACAUCCAUGCUCAACCUGGCAUUCAGCGACAAGUUGCUGCGUUGCGGGAUUUGACAAGUCGCAUUGAUGGGAAACUGGCGAGUCAUAUGGAAAAGGAAGGUGUGGAGUUUAUACAAUUUUCAUUCCGGUGGAUGAAUUGCCUCUUGAUGCGGGAGGUUAGUGUGAGGAACACGGUGCGGAUGUGGGAUACCUAUCUCGCCGAAGAUCAAGGUUUUUCUGAAUUCCACCUCUACGUCUGCGCGGCGUUUCUGGUGAAAUGGUCGGAUAAACUGCUGCAGAUGGAUUUCCAGGAAAUCAUGAUGUUUCUGCAGAGUCUACCGACCAAGGAGUGGGGAGAGAAGGAUAUGGAACUUCUGCUUAGUGAGGCGUAUAUUUGGCAGAGUUUAUUCAAGGGAAGUAAGGCGCAUGUGAGACAGACCAGUGGCGUUGGAGUUGGUGGGAAUUUGAAUCUUUGA